ACGAUCUCCCCAACGAUCUCUCAUGAUACUUUGCGAAUUCGAAACAUAUUACCGUUCUCCAGCGGCUGACUGUGUAGAUGCGUUCUACAUCCGAAAGGGAACGAUAUCCUGUCUCCGGACCAUCAGAAGAAACUCUGCGACUGCCUUAAUAGAUACAUCGCUCAUCUAUAUCUUUUGUGUUGGUAAAGCCGAGUUCCCUGUGGCUGUAGCGGGAGUUGAGUGGUUUCUGCUUGUUUGUCACCAAAUUCACGUGAGUUUUAUCGAGAAAAUCAGAGAUCGCAGAAACGCGCUGAUCCCCGCUACCGCGAAUGUCCCCUCGAGUUUUGAGCACCAAAGAAGCCCUGUAUUAGCUCGUAUCAAUUCUGCAUCGAAUCUUAAGUUGUGACUCCUGAAAAGUGCACUGAAGACUCCACUGCCCACCUUUUGCCGCCACUGGACCUGACUGAUGUGCUACAAUGCAAUUGCUUCUCGCCUACACCUUCUUGCUUGUGCAGCUUCGACAAAGCACUGCCCGGAUCUGGAUCUCCUCUACAGCCCGCUGAAAGCUUGCACAAUCUAUUAAGCCUAAUGCUGUCUGCCCAAGCCAUGAGUCUUGGCAGUAGAAAUGGCGGCUAUAACACGCCAGUGCGCUUUUCCACGGAAGAGCUCCCGCAAAACCUAAGCACAGUUACUGUGAGAGAUAGCAAACCGGGGAAUUUGAUGCCGUCUGUCGGAAAUGGUUACAUAGGUACUGUCAUCUACAGCGAUUCCAUACACAUCUCAGGAGUUUUCAGCGGGAAAGCGAACCCAAAGAAGUCUAAGGUCUAUCCUGUUUACUUUUACGAGCAUACUCACAGAGCGCGAAUACCGUCUCAAGUUGCUAUAAACUACAAAGUUAAAGGAAUACAAGGAAAGCAUUCGUACGCUUUAGAUGUCUCGCAAGGGGUAUUUUAUCACUGGUUCAACGGAGCUCAUCUUCGAAUCGAGCAACGGAUCUACGCUCAUCGGUCACGCAAGCAUGUACUUGUUGUUGAGAUUGAGGCUCGUAAUGAUAGUCCUGCCCCGGUCACGCUUGAGAUCCUUAACGGGCGGGGAAAUGAAUCGCGUGACAUUGACUUUGUAGAGGUGGAAAUCGAUGAUGGCGUGACAGCCGCAGUUGGAAAGGUUAAUAUCACCGAGGAGGAUGGUAUCACCCAACCCACUGUGGCAGUCGUCUGGAGUGAUGUCCCCUCCACCCUGUUGGUGAAUAAACUAACUGAGAAGCAAACUUGGACUUUUAUCACAGCUAUGACUACAAGCUUGGACACCAAGUUUGAGCCUCUGAAUGAAGCGCUGAGCCAGUGGCAUGAUGCUUAUAGGUCGAAAUCUUCCUUACUGGAAACUCACAAAGAAGCAUGGUCAGAACUGUGGAGCACAGGGCGCAUAGACGUAGAGGGUGAUCUCGAGCUCUCCCAGGCCAUCUACAGCAGCAUGUACAACAUACUCAGCUCCACCCGGGCCGACUGGCCGUACGGGCUGAGUCCAGGGGGGUUACCGGGGGGUGAGGAGUACAUGGGCCACACCUUCUGGGACCAGGACAUCUGGAUGUACCCGUCUCUUGUGCUACUGCAGCCUGACCUCGCCAGGGCAAGCCUGCAGUACCGGUACGACCGGCUUCCAGCAGCCAGAAGAAUUGCUAAAAAGUUCGGAUACAAAGGCGCCAUGUUCCCGUGGGAAAGCUCAUACACCGGACUAGAGACGUCCCCUGGAGAAGUCUACGGCAAGAACCAGAUUCACAUCACAUCCGAUAUCGCUCAUGCCGCCAAGCUCUACUGGAGAGCAACAAAGGACGAGCUUUGGCUCAGAAAAACUGGUUUCCCUUUGGUGUGCCAGACCGCAGAGUACUGGGCAAGCAGAGCAAAAGUGCGCACGCGUGAUGGGUCAACUGAAUACGUCAUAAAUGACGUCAUGCCACCAGAUGAGUACCAGUAUCCUGUCAAUAACUCGGUUUAUACAAACGUUGGCGCCAAGCUGAAUCUGGAGUUUGCUUUGAAGAUUGGAAAGCUCCUCGGACAAAGCAUGCCAAGCGAGUGGCCGUCUAUCGCCGAAAAACUCUUUAUACCGUAUGACUCACGUCGCGAUUAUCACCCAGAGUUCGAAGGAUACGAACGUGGAACCUUAGCCAAGCAAGCAGACGCAAUUUUGAUUGGUUACCCGCUUAUGUAUGAGAUGGAACAGAGGACGCGCUUCAACGACCUUGAUUACUACGAGAAGAAUACUGAUCCGAAUGGGCCGGCCAUGACACACGCGAUGUUCGCCAUCGGAUGGUUAGAGCUGGGAGAAGGAGAGCGCGCACGAAAGCCCUUCCUAAAGAACUAUGAAAACAUAAACGGACCAUUCAAGAUUUGGACUGAACAUCGUAAUCGCAAAGGCGCUGUAAACUUCAUCACGGGCGCGGGCGGUUUUCUCCAAGCCCUUCUUUACGGUUACGGUGGCUUUCGCAUCAAAGAAACCCAACUUGACUUCAACCCCAGCCUACCCCCCACCGCUUCCACCCUGACCAUUACAGGGGUAUGGUACUUAGGAAACUCGCUGCGUUUCGCAAUAGAUAAGAGCGGUAUAUCAGUGAGGGUUCUGUCCAAGGCAGUGAUCGCACCCGAAUUAGAAGUCGAAAUGUCAGGAAAAGUGCACAGUUUAGUACUCGGGAUAGAUGUGAAGAUGGCUCUCGGGAGAGGAGCUGUGCGCAUGCGCAACCUCGCUGCCUCAGCCCAGGCCCCUCGCGGACCUAGUAUCGGGCUGUCGGUUACCGGUGUGCUGUGUUCUUUGUUGGCUUUUGUAAGUAAGGUAGAUUAGUUAAUACGAUGUGAACAUUAUUCUCUGGUUGGCUACUAAAAGCACGGAAGUCGUGCUUAAAAAUAUAUGAACACCGGCCGUCAUAACAAAAAAGUGAAGCAAAAAGUACUUUUUGAGUAUUCGGUUUUUUUGUGUGCAUUUUCAUAUUUGUUCAAGAAUUAGGCUCUCUGUUAAACAUUAAACCGCUUUUUUUCUUACAGCUUUUUUUUGUAUUAUCACCCGAAUUUGGCGACGCCAUUUAUUAUCAGCGCUAAGAGUCCCAAUUAAUAAAUGCGAGCAUAGGCUGUAAUUGAUGUGUUUUUUUUUUUUCACAAGUCACCCGCGCACCUUGCUGGUGCCACUGUCAACUGGAACAGUCAUGGUGAAUCAAAACCACUGAAUUAUCAAUGAGUAAAAUCUCCCUGCCUAUUAAAGCAGACAUACUUUUCACGGCAUAGAGACUCUUAUCUUUUGUGUUUGAAGCUAAACAAUGACUCGGUGGCCUUGAAGUGAAUAUGCGCCUGUGUUUGGCGGUGUUGCUGACCUUGACUUUGUCCAGCCUCUUGCUCCGCCUGUCACACGCUAAACAUCACCGCGAAGUAAAACACCAUCGACACAAAACUUUUCUAAACAGACCGCUGCACCUAAUACCAGGGGCGCACUAUAUUGAUGAAACCGCUGAGAUCGUACCUCCCGCGCCUGCACACAAGA